AUGUCAGAGAAGAAGGCAGAUGUCCCACAGUUGUCGACAAGGAACUGGGUUCGAGUUACACUGACAGCCGCCAGUGUCAAACCACUUGAGAAAGUCACUGAUGGUCUUAUCAAGAAGGCGAAAGAUCAAAAUCUGAGGGUUAAGGGCCCUGUACGUAUGCCAACAAAAGUGUUACGAAUCACUACGCGAAAAACACCAUGUGGUGAGGGCUCAAAAACUUGGGACAGGUUUCAGUUCAGGAUUCACAAGCGUGUAAUUGACCUAUUGUCGACGGAUGAAGCUACCCAACAGCUUAAACACAUAUAUCUAGAGCCCGGUGUUAACUGUGAUGUUAAAGUCGCAGGAGAUUUCUUCUCUGGUCUCUGACUUGAAAUCGGUUGUCAUCGAACCUGCACUUCAAACGCAAUAUAAAUAGCUAUGUAUUUGAUACGGGAUAUAUGUCAUUGUGUCUAGCCUUUUAUAACUCCAGGAUCUGUAUACCAGAAAAUUACAAAUCAACUACCAUUCUAUAAACGUUUGGUACACCAGCUUACUAAAAGGGGUUCGUACUAUUACGUGCUAUUGGGUUCAUUUGUAAUGUUCAACAGGGAGACUGUCUUAAUGAAGUAUGAACUUGCCAUACAUAGCUUUGCAUAAAUGUUAAGACUUUUAAUGAGUAAAUUGUUUGAUAUCAAGAUUUUUUAUGUAUCGAAUAAAUACAUCGUCCUGAUAUAAACAAGUAAAUCAAUUAUUUGAAGUAGUCUUUGUCCAGAGACUAUGCCCUUACAAGAAUAAUAAUUCAAGUUAAGAUGAAAACCUGAAUAGCCAAUUAGAAGAAGAUUGUUCUUGAUAUACCGCGUAUAACGUGAGCACUAGAACGCCAGAAUCCUUCCAAGUCGCAAUGAGAAGACAAAAGACUAAUGAAAGGAAUAUUAUUCCCAGACAGUGUCAAUUAUAGUACAAAAUUGUCAGUUCACCAAUCCGCAUACAGGGGGUUAUUAGCAUUGCCCAAUCGAGAAGCUGCACACAAGAAAUCUAGAAUACUCCUCUGAAAGGUAAUUGGAUGGAAUAUCUUCGGCUCCUUCUGAGCCUCCUACAGCUUCCUCGAGUUCACCCGUGGUCCAUCGUCACACUUUUUUAUCUAUAUUAUUUCAAAAUGAUCCCUUUGAAUCGAGAAUUAUAUUUGAUUGACCAAUUAUUUACACUAUUGUCAAGUUACUUAGCGUAAUAUAUUUUGCAGAUAUUCUGAGUAAUAAACAUCUAAAGGUUGUCUACUGUAGACUGGUUGUAGUCAUUUUCCGCUUUUCCGUUGCUCUUAACAAUGCUUUAACUUUAUCCACCAUAUUUC